AUGGCACUUUCCUGUCCUCCUCCCCACUCUCGGUUUCUUUUCCUUCCUUUUCCAGGGCCCGACACUGCCCUCUGGCAGCCGUUGCCGUCUUCUCUCUGGAAGCUCCCGGGCAGCCUCACCGGUGACCCCAGGAGGGUGAGUGGAUUCCCGGGGGACAGUGCAGAGCUGGGGAGACGCAUCACUAUCUCCACUUGCAGAUGGGGUGUCCCGGCCAAGGUCCCCCAGCAGGUUGUGCUGACCAGCAAUCGUGGGACCGUAGAAGACUUCUUCCUGGCUGGCCGCAAUAUAGCAUGGGGCCCGAUGGGCGCCUCCCUGUUCGCGUCGAGUGUUGGCAGCAGCCACUUCAUGGAGCUGGCGGGGAAAGGAGCUUCCUCGGGGAUUGCCGUCGGGGCUUCCGAGUGGAACACUCUAUUUCUGCUCCAUCUUGUUGGUUGGAUAUUUGUUCCCAUCUACAUUAAGGCUGGGGUGGUGACAGUGCCAGAAUAUUUGAGGAAGAGGUUUGGUGGCUGCCGGAUCCAUUGCUUCCUCUCUAUUCUGACUUUAUUCUUCUAUGUUUUCAGUAGGAUCUCGGUGGAGAUCUUCUCUGGUACUGUGCUCAUGAGGCUGGUUUUGGGGUUGGAUGUUUACCUGGCCAUCCUUUCCUUGCUGGCAGUUGCUUCCAUUUAUACCAUCACAGGUGGUUUUGCAGCUGUGGUUUAUACCGAUGUCUUACAAACCAGCAUUAUACUUUUGGGAUCCGUCUUCUUAAUGGGCUUUGCCUUUAAGGAAGUGGGAGGAUACCAGGGCUUACUGGAUAAAUACCUGUACGCCAUCCCAAGCGUGAUCAGUGAGGGACACUGGACUGCCAAGCCGGAAUGCUACAUGCCUCGUCCGGAUGCUUUCCAUAUCUUCCGCCAUCCCGUCACUGGAGACCUUCCCUGGCCUGGACUUGUCUUCGGCUUCUCCAUCCUCUCCUUGUACUACUGGUGCACAGAUCAGAUGACGGUCCAGCGAUACCUCGCAGGGAAGAGCCUCUCGCACGUCAAAGGCGGCUGCAUCCUGUGCGGGUACCUGAAGCUGCUGCCCAUGUUCACCACUGUGAUGCCAGGGAUGAUCAGCCGCGUCCUGUACCCAGAUAAAGUGGCGUGUGUUGUGCCUUCAGAGUGUCAGAAAUACUGUGGCACCAGGGCUGGCUGCAGCGCCAUUGCCUUCCCCGUGCUGGUGAUGGCGCUGAUGCCCAACGGCUUACGUGGCUUGAUGCUCUCUGCCCUCUGUGCCUCUUUCAUGUGCUCCCUGACUUCCAUUUUCAACAGCGCCAGCGCCAUGUUCACUCUGGACGUCUACCCCAAGCUACGGCCUGUGGCCACCGAGAAGGAGCUCAUGGUGACAAGCAGGUUUUUCAUUAUACUGUUACUUGCUGUCAGCCUGGCCUGGGUCCCUGUUGUGGAGAUGACACACGGCAAACAGGUGUUUGAAUUCAUGCAUUCGGUGACGAGUUGCCUGACGCCACCCAUUGCCGCCAUCUUCCUGCUCGCCAUCUUUUGCAAGAGAGUCAACGAGCAGGGUGCCUUCUGGGGGCUGACUGGCGGGAUCCUCAUCGGCUCGUUGCGGGUGGUGACCGAGUUUGUUUACGGCCCUCAAUCCUGCUCAGAGAGCACCAGUUGCCCCGUGAUCAUCUGUGGCAUCCACUACCUGCACUUCACCAUCAUCCUCUUUGUGCUCAGCCUCCUCAUCAGCCUGGCGAUCUCUGCAGCCACAGCGCCCAUUCCCGAUAAACACCUGCACCGGCUCUGCUGGAGUCUCCGGGACAGCCAGGAGGAGAGGGUAGAUCUGGAUGCAGAAGCACCAGGGAGGAGAGUGCCCCAGCCCAGAGAGCCUCCAGAGGCCCAGGCCUUCGUCUUGCCUGAGACGCCUUCAGGGGGGGGUGUGGGCGCUGUGGGGCAGCCGCUUGGGGCAGGCUGGGCGGAGAGGACAGGGAGACACGGCAGGUGGCCCGGGCAGGCCUGCGAGGGAGGGUGCCGAAGGGAGGGCUGCCCUCGCCUGGAGGGCCCUGAAGGCGCCGUGAAGGGGGAAGGCUGGAGUGUCGGGCCCAGGCUCUGGGCUCGAGGCUGGGGGGCUGGCCCCAGGGGUGACAGCGCCCGGGGUCACCCGUGUGGCCGUCGCACCCCGUUCCCUGCCGUGCUGAGCGCCUUCGUCCUACUCUGA